GUUUUGUGCCCCGAGUUUUGAGAGAGAAAUAAAUUGAGAUUAAUUUAAUUCAUUUUUAUCAUUUUAACGUGCUUAAAACACUUAAUUAUCGAUAAUAACCGAGUAAACGUUAUCUGUAGAGCAUCGAAAUCAUUAGUGACAUAAAUUUAUUAGUGAAACAAGCAUGAAACGAUGGCAAUUUUGAACUAUAUCAAAGUUUUUGGAUGUCAAAGAAUAAUUUUACAUAAUACACUGGUAAAAUCGUCAUAUUUGCAUAGGAACCAACAUCAGAUCAUCAAAAAUUGUUAUCAAUAUAACCUUGCGAGAGCAGCAUCUACAAAAGUUCAUUCGGUCGAUAACAAAAGUGGAGCAGCACAGCAAGCCAACAAACACAAUGUGUUACAUGAUAAAUCAUCUCUCGGAACAAAUAUCCUGGGAAAUAUUUUUGUAAAGAAAGUCAAAAAGUCAGGAAAUUGGCCUCAAGAACAACAAAUUCGAACAUGUUUUCAUCCAGGUGCAUCUUCAUUUGGACAUGACUCUUUAGGGGACAUCAAUGGACAACAAGUCACAUCACGUCAAAUGAUGAAGGCAAUGAUGGCGUAUAUUUGGCCCAAAGACGAUGAAUUCAUCCGGAAGAGAGUCAUCUUAUCGCUGAGUCUUUUAGGCGGCGCAAAACUUUUGAACGUCUGUGUGCCAUUUCUGUUUAAAGGAGCAAUUGAUUAUCUAAAUGUCUUUCAAAUGGGAACACCGACUCAAACAACAGCGGCAGUAAUAAGUUCGAUGCUUAUUGGUUAUGGCAUAGCCAGAGCUGGUGCUGCGGGUUUUAAUGAAUUAAGAAAUGCAGUUUUUGCACGUGUAGCUUCACAUUCUAUAAGAAAAAUUGCUGUUAAUACUUUUAUACAUCUUCAUAAUCUCGAUAUGGCUUUUCAUCUCAAUAAGCAGACUGGAGCUCUCUCAAAAACCAUCGAUCGUGGUUCUCGUGGCAUUAACUUCGUCCUCAACGCAAUGGUCUUUAAUAUCGUUCCUACAAUAUUUGAACUUGCAUUAGUGUCGACGAUUUUGGGUACGAAAUGUGGAUUGGCUUAUGCUGGAAUUUCAAUGGGAUGUGUGGGAAUUUAUGCUGCUUAUACACUAGGUGUUACACAAUGGAGAACAAAGUUUAGAAUUUACAUGAAUAAAGCUGAGAAUGAAGCUGGAAAUAAGGCAGUCGAUUCACUGAUUAACUAUGAAACUGUCAAGUAUUUCAAUAAUGAACAUUACGAAGCAAAUCGAUAUGAUAAAGUCCUUAAGAUAUAUGAAGAUGCGAGCUUAAAGACAAGCACUAGCUUGGCUUUAUUGAAUUUUGGUCAAAAUGCCAUUUUUAGUGUUGCUUUAAGUGCAAUUAUGCUUAUGGCAGCACAAGAUAUUACACAAGGAACUUUAACAGUUGGUGAUCUUGUUAUGGUCAAUGGAUUAUUAUUCCAACUUUCAAUUCCUUUAAAUUUCCUUGGAAGUGUUUAUCGUGAAGUUCGUCAAGCACUAAUAGACAUGAGAUCAAUGUUUACACUUUUAGGUGUAGAAAGUCGUGUGCAGAACAGAGUUGAUGCUGUUCCACUUUUAGUAAAUCGUGAUAAUGCUCAGAUUGAGUUUAGGAAUGUAUCAUUCCAGUAUGAAAAUGGAAAGACGAUUUUCGAAGAUUUGAAUUUUGUGAUACCUGCUGGUAAGAAGAUUGGAUUUGUUGGUGGUUCUGGUUCAGGAAAAUCAACAAUGGUUCGACUUUUAUUUAGAUUCUUUGAGCCAUCAAAUGGUGACAUUUUUAUUGCCGGUCAAAAUAUCAAGGAUGUCGAUAUGAGCAGUUUACGAAAAUCAAUUGCAAUUGUUCCACAAGAUUCCGUUCUAUUUCAUGAUACAAUUAGACAUAAUAUUCAAUACGGUGAUUUAAAUAAGACAGAAAGUGAGAUGAAGCAUGCUGCAGCAAUGGCAGAUCUACAUGAUAAUAUUAUGAAAUGGCCAAACCAAUACGAAACUCAAGUUGGUGAAAGAGGAUUAAAAUUGAGUGGGGGUGAAAAGCAAAGGGUGGCAAUUGCACGUGCAAUUCUGAAGAACUCGCCAAUUUUAAUAUUCGAUGAAGCGACGAGCAGUUUGGAUUCAAUAACAGAAACGAAUAUUCUGAAUGCACUUUCUCGUGCAACGGAAGGAAGAACAAGUAUUUGCAUUGCACAUCGUUUAUCAACUGUUAUGGAUGCAGAUGAAAUUAUCGUACUAGAUGGUAAACGAAUUGGCGAACGUGGAACGCAUGAUGAACUUUUGAAAGUUAAUGGAUUGUAUGCAAAAUUAUGGACGACACAGAAUCGAUUGUAAAGUUUAAUUUAAUUAAUAAAUGUAUAUAAAAUUUAUUCUUGUGAACCAAUAAUAAAAAGUUGUUACCAUAAGAUUUAACACUGUUCCUUUAUGAAUCAAUAUAUUAUUCCUGUUGUAUUCUAAUUUU